UGCUUGCCACCUCUCCAUCUCCAUCUUGACGUUCACUCAGCUACGAUGAGCAACUCAGAGUCUUCUCCAUACGCAGCUCGUUCACCCCCGGUCUCAUUCGACGACUUCAUGGCGCAGAUUGACGCGGCAACGCAAGCCCAUGGCGGCAUCAUGGUCGAUGAGGAGAUCUAUGAGGAGCUGUUCGCAUCUGUGCCGCCGGGCCGCGGCGCCCGCCCAGAAUUCAUCGCCGCUCUCCCGCGCCCCAAGACGGUGCCACGCGGCGAGUCAUGCCCUGUCUGUCUGCAGACCCUCGCAGCUAUCGAGACGGAGGAGGAGUACGCGUUGGCCUCGGAGAGUUUCUUCGGGGACACGGAGGCGCUGGGGCUGCGGGAGCUGCCGUGUACAGCCAAACAUGUCGUGUGUGCACGGUGCGCGAAGCAGUGGUUGACGCUGAACAACACCUGCCCUCUCUGCCGCUCACAAGUCGACCCCGCCAACCCGGUCGACGCAGCAACGAGCGACACGAUCGAGGCGCAGCGGCAAACCGAGCAGAUGCUUGCGCUCUUCCACACGCUAUUCGGACCGCGGCAACUCCCCGCUAGGCGAGAGGAGGGCCGCGAGGCCUUCUCAGGCAUGUACUCGUAGCUAUGUCCAUGAUAAUGCAAUGAUGUCUACGUCCCA